AUGGAGAGGCCAAACGAUAUGGAGGCUGUUGAGAAGCAGCCCGACUCCGACUUUAAGCAUAUUGACCAGGCUCCCAGCAAGGUCAGCUCCGAGAUCGAUGCCGACCAUGGCUUCACACCAGAGGAGCAGCGCAGCAUCAUCAAGCGCAUUGAUCGUCGUCUGGUUAUCACUGUCGGUGCCAUGUACUGUGUCUCGCUCAUGGAUCGCACCAACAUGAGUGCUGCCAACAUUGCCGGCAUGGGUGCUGAGCUUCAACUCACUGGCUUCCGAUACAACAUUGCCAAUCUCGUCUUCUUCAUCCCGUACAUCAUCUUUCAGCCGCCUUCGACAAUCCUUAUCCGCAGAAUUGGUCCCCGCUUUCAUCUGGCCAUCAUCACUCUCCUCUGGGGAGCCGUCAUGAUUGGUAUGGGUUUCGUCGAAAAGUUCCCUCAGCUUGCAGCUCUCCGUGCGGUUCUUGGUUUCUUCGAGGCUGGUUUCUUCCCUAGCUGCGUUUAUCUGCUUAGCACCUGGUACACACGAUACGAGGUUGGAAAGCGAUACUCAGUCUUCUAUCUCCUCGGCUGUGUCGCUUCAGCUUUCUCCGGUAUUCUCGCCUACGGUCUUAUGCAGCUCAACGGUCGCGAGGGUCUCACCGGCUGGCGCUGGAUCUUCAUCAUCGAAGGUGCCUUGACUUGCACCCUUGGUAUUGCCGGCUACUGGCUUCUCGUUGAUUUCCCCGACUCGAAACGCAAGACGUGGUCUUUCCUCGGUGCUCGUGAGCGCCAAUGGGUCGUUGAUCGCAUCAGCCGUGAUCGUGGCGAUACCGUCGUUCCUCCCUUCGAGAUGGGCAAGUUCCUUCGCGGCGGCGCCGACUGGAAGGUCUGGGCAUAUGCCAUGAUCUUCUUCGACACCACCACCAUCAGCUACGCCCUCGCUUACACCCUGCCCAUCCUUCUCGUUGGCAACAUGGGCUUCAGUGUCGGAGCUGCUCAGUGUCUCGUUGCUCCUCCUUACGCCUUUGCUGGUAUCGUCAUGUUCGUGACAGCUUGGGUUGGUGACAAGUACCACGUCCGAGGUCCCUGCAUUCUCUUCAACAUGCUGCUUUGCCUCAUUGGACUUCCCAUCAUGGGCUGGGCCGAGAACCCCAACGUUCGAUACUUUGGUGUCUUCCUUGUCACUGCCGGUGCCAACAGCAACAUCCCAACUGCCAUGUCUUUCCAGGCCAACAACAUCCGUGGUCAGUGGAAGCGAGCUUUCUGCAGCGCCACCCUCGUCGGUUUCGGUGGAUUCGGCGGUAUCGCUGGAAGCUUGGUGUUCCGUGAGCAGGACAAGCUGACGGGAUACAAGCCUGGCAUGUGGGCCUGCAUUGCCUGCUGUCUCGUCACUGUCUGUCUUGUCAUCUGCUGUGACUUGGAUUUCAAGAGAAACAAUGCCAAGGCUGACAGGGGUGAGAAGAUUUUGGAAGCUCAUGAUGACAAUGCCACUGCUGAUUUCCGCUAUACUUACUAA